AGAUACCAAUAAAAUACAAUCAUAUUUCAUAUAUUCAAUAAAUUUUUGUGUGCUAUAAUGGCUUCCUGGAAGAAAACUAUCACGUCCCCAUUUAGAAAAGCUCGCACUUUCUUCAAUCAGCAACCAGCAGCUACAAGGGAUGACAAGUCCCGCCUAGAGCAUGAAAGGCGUGUCAUGGAUCUUCAUGGUGAAGUUAUGGCUUGUGCUUAUGAGGACGUUCAAGUGAUGUGGUCCAUUCUUGACAAAUCCAAGUCUGCAGUCUGUAACGUUACGUCUUGAUAUAUGGCUUCGCUUCAUGUACCAGAAGCUAGUCAUAUAUAAUGGCCAUGUUUGUGAGGGAACAUUAUUCCAUGGAUCUAGCUAUUUGGUACGUAUGAGUGUUACUUUGUAGAUAUUAUCAUUUUGUGUGGGAAACUAUGAAUUAGGAGCAUUGAAGGUAGGUUUGUUUUCAGGUUGCCCCUUGAAUGGUGGUGGCAUUUAAAAAAGAAGAAGAUUGUAUUUUUAUUUAAGUGGUUCUAUAAAUAUAUAUAGGAAAAUUAAUGAAAUCCCCGUGAUCAAUCAACACACACGGCGAGAUUUUACUUGAAUUAUCUACAUUUAUUCUAAUCAAAGA